CUCUAAGGCUACGAAAAAUCUGAAAACAUGGCAACAUCGAAAAUAACAAUUAUCGCCAACGUUGCCGUGUCGUUCGAAAAAUAAAAGGAAUUUGCCAGAACACGUCUUUGAGUUUGAUUGUUGAAUGAAUGCGUUCUCUCAUGGUUAUUUGCACACAAAACGUUUUCAUUGUUUUAUUGAGGGCUCCUCCUUCCCGGCUGAUGUCACGGACGGCAAGAUGGCGACUGCCUGCGGCCCGAAAAAUUCCGAAAACAGUCGGCCCAUGCCCAAUAAGCCAAUUUCUCAUGGUUCAGUGGGUUUGUAUGGACCUGUAUCGAUUACUACUGCUACUUAUUCUUAUAACGGGAGUAAUGCAAGCUACUUUAUGUAGCGGAUCUAAAAUGGAGAAACGAUACAGUCCUAGUUUUGCAGAAGACAAUCUUAAAACGCUCAAGAAUGACAGGAAAAGAAAACGUGAAGAUGUAUUAAAAAUGAAGAUACAUCAUACCGGCAAUCCAAAGGAUGUUAUUAAGAGCAUUUCACAGUCGGACAAUUCGAAUAAACAGUAUUUUUUGAUGUUGGAGAACAUAACUUCGCAUUUUGCCAAUCCUUGCAUUUUGGAUCUUAAGAUGGGAACAAGACAGCAUGGGGACGACGCUUCGGCUGAAAAGAGAAACAAACAGAUGGCUAAAUGUGCAGCCAGUACCUCUGCAAGUUUAGGUGUUAGCUUCAUAAUUAAUAUUCACUAA